CCCGUAGUCUCUCCCAGCUCAGCGGAUUGGCAAUGAGCAGCACCCAAUCACUGAUUCAGAGGCGGGAAAUGGAGCAAGAGCCAAUCACUAAGAGGCGGUCGUACGAAUGGCCCAAUCAGGCGGGAGGAGGGAGGGCUCUUCCGGUGUCAUGGUGCCUAUGACCGCAUCUCAGCGUUGCUGAGAAACACAUCAACGGGUUAGAUCGCCUUUCUCCGUGACUUCUGCCGGCUCUGUGCAGCGCGGCCACACAAUGGUGAUGGUACAGACUGGGACGCCUGGGGGUGAGGAGGCAGUGGACUUUGAGGAUGUGGCUGUGAACUUCACCUUGGAGGAAUGGGCUCUGCUGGAUCCAUCCCAAAAGAUGCUCUACAGAGACGUGAUGUCAGAAACACUGAAGAACAUGGCUGUUAUUGGACAAUACUAUAAUAAUCAGCAAAUUGAAGAUGAGUGCAAAUGUUGGAAGAGAUAUCUAAGCAGUGAAGAGACGGAGAAAUGCUGUCAAUGUCAAUUAUACUGUGAACUUGGAGGAAUGUUUCUUUGGACUCCAAACCUUCAUGUGAACAUGAAACCAUUCGGUGCGCAAACAGCUGAAAGCGUAGCUGACGGAGUUCCUUCCAUUAGUCAUUCAUCCCUAAACCUUCCCGUCAGCACUCGCGGUACCCUGGAGUCCUGUGAGUACCCGGGAUCUGAAGAGAAGCUGUCUAAGAGGAAGGAACAUGGGGGAACCGGCAAAGAUCUCCAGUCCUUUCAGAAGCGUGCAGAAAGCCCUGGGGAGAAACCCUGCAGGGGAAAGCAAUGUGGGAAAUCCUACUCUGACUGUACUGAAGGGACUUACAUUGGAGAGAAGCCCUCUGGAGGUACAGGAGAUGCCGAAGCCUUCGAUACACCCAGUUAUUUUCAAAUGCACCAGAAAUACCACAGUCGAGCCAAUGUCUCUGUGUGUACACCAGGAGGAACAACUUCUCACCACGAUAUUCCAGUACAGGAAAGGACUCACACUGCAGACAAACCCUGUGUGUGUAAACUCUGUAAGAAAACUUUUACUAAUCGCUCUUCAUUUUGUAGACAUAAAAGAACUCACAGAUUGAGGAAAUCGUACAUAUGUAAGCAAUGUGGGAAAACAUAUCUUCAUUAUAGUUCGUUAUUUAGACAUAAAAGAACUCACACUGGGCAGAAGCCUUAUAUAUGUAAGCAGUGUGGGAAAGCUUUUGCUGAUUGCGGUUCACUUUCUAGACAUAAAAUAAGUCACACUGGAGAGAAGCCCCACGUAUGUAGGCAAUGUGGGAAAGCUUUCAAUAGGCGCAGUCAUUGUCAGGCGCAUGAAAGAACUCACAGUGGAAGGGCUCACCCUAGAAAGAAAGCCUUAGUGUGUAAGGAUUGUGGGAAAGCUUUCAUGUAUAGCAGUUCCUUUUGUAUCCAUAAAAGAAGUCACACUCAAGAGAAACCUUUUGUGUGUAAGCAGUGUGGGAAAGCUUUUGCCAGUUCUAGUUCUUGUUAUGCACAUGAACGAAUUCACACUGGGGAGAAACCCUACAUAUGUGAGCAGUGUGGGAAAGCUUUCGCCAGUCCCAGCUCUCGUCAAGUGCAUGAACGAAUUCACACUGGAGAGAAACCGUUCACCUGUAAACAGUGUGGGAAAGCUUUCAGGGCACGCGGUGCUUGUCAAAAACAUGAAAGGACUCACACUGGAGAGAAACCCUAUGUAUGUAAGCAGUGUGGGAAAGCUUUCAGCUCUCAUGGGUAUUGUCAAAUACAUGAAAGAAGUCACACUGGAGAGAAACUCUUUGUAUGUAAGCAGUGUGGGGAAGGCUUCACUAAUUAUAGUUCAUUUUCUAGGCAUAGAAAGAGUCACACUGUGGAGAAACCAUACGUAUGUAAGCAAUGUGGCAAAGCUUUCAGGCAACGCUAUAAUUGCCAAACACAUGAAAGAACUCACACUGGAGAAAAACCAUAUGUAUGUAAGCAGUGUGGGAAAGCGUUCACCACUCACAGUAAUUGUCAAGCACAUGAAAGAAGUCACACUGGAGAGAAGCCCUAUGUAUGUAAGCAGUGUGGGGAAGCCUUCAGUAAUAACAGCUCAUUUUACAGACAUAAAAAGAGCCACAAUGUAGAGAAACCCUAUGUAUGCAGGCUGUGUGGGGAAGCCUUCAUUAAUAACAGAUCAUUUUAUAGACAUGAAAGUAACCACACUCGAGAGAAACUCUAUGAAUGUAAGCAGUGUAGGGAAGCCUUCACUAGUAAGACUUCAUUUUAUAGACAUAAAAAGAGUCACACUGGAGAAAACCCCUAUGUAUGUAAGCAGUGUGGGGAAGCCUUCGCUAAGUACAAUUCAUUUUAUAAACAUAAAAGGUGUCACACUGUGUAGAAACCCUACCUUAUAUAUAUAAGCAAUGAGGGAAAGCUUUCAUUUGUCAUACCCAUUGUGAAAGAUUAAAAAAUUUUUUAAAAAACUUAACAUUGGAGAAAAACCCUCUGGAU